UUUAUUUUCGUAUCUUUUUUACUUUAACGAAAGUAUGAAAUAUUUUUAAGCAAUUUUGAUAUCUUCUCGAAUUUUAGGAAAUAUAGAGGAUAUCAAAUAAUACAUAAUCGAGUUUUCAAAUUUUUUCUGAAGGUACGAAAACAUAUUUCCGCCAUAUUUAAGAAAAGAGCGAUGGAGAAAUCAUGAAUUAUGCGUCAAGACUCUAAACAAAGUAGAUUUCAUCGACUUUUCUAAUCACAUGAUAGAGUAGGGAUAUAAGAUUUCAUGUAAAUUCCGAUUCAAAUCAAGUCAUGGCUUUAGAAGCAACCAAGAGCUACCCAGGGAUAACCUCUCCAAUUAGUUUGGAUGGACCAAAACCAGUGGACUUGAAACUUUCUCAAAAGCUAGAGGAAGCCAUGGGGCCUCAUGGGGUGUUUGAGAGUGAAGCAGAAAUGUCUCACAGAAUGGAAGUGCUACACAAAAUCAAUACUUUAGUGCGAGAGUGGAUUAAAGAUGUCAGCAGACAAAAGAAUAAUUACCCAGAAGAUAAGAUUGAUGCUUUUGGUGGCAAGGUGUGUACCUUUGGUUCCUACAGACUCGGAGUUCACACAAAAGGGGCUGAUAUUGAUACCCUUUGUGUUGCUCCAAGACAUGUUGACAGACAAGACUUUUUUACCUCAUUCCUCGAAAUCUUAAAGACAACCCCAGAAGUCAAAGACCUGAGGGCUGUUGAAGAAGCCUUUGUACCUGUGAUCAAGAUGACAUUUGAUGGAAUCGAGCUGGACAUGUUGUUUGCCAGACUUGCCCUGCCCCAGAUUCCAGAAGACAUAGAUCUUAGAGACGAGAGUCUUCUUAAAAAUCUAAAUGAAAAAUGUGUCAGAAGUCUCAAUGGCUGUAGAGUUACAGAUGAAAUAUUACACCUUGUUCCAAACAAACACAGCUUUAGAAUGUCAUUACGUGCAAUAAAGCUUUGGGCUAAGAAGAAAGGAAUUUACUCUAAUGCGGUAGGAUUUCUGGGUGGGGUCUCCUGGGCCAUGUUGGUGGCUAGGGUCUGUCAGUUGUAUCCCAAUGCAGCUCCAGCGACACUUCUACACAAAUUCUUCAUGAUCAUCCAUAAAUGGAAUUGGCCUCAACCUGUGUUAUUAAAGCCCCUUGUACACGAGAACAAAUUCAAUCUGACAUUUCCUGUGUGGGACCCAAGAGUAAACACCUCAGACAGAUUUCAUCUUAUGCCUAUCAUUACUCCAGCAUACCCACAACAAAACUCCACUUUCAACGUCACUCUCUCAACUCGCAGCAUCAUGACAGAGGAACUCAAAGAUGGACUGGAUGUUGUGAGCAAAAUUUAUGAAGGAAAAGAAGACUGGAGUGUACUUUUUGAACCUUCAAACUUUUUCCAGAAGUACAAACAUUAUAUAGUUUUAACAGCAAGUGCCCAGGAAGAGGAUCACUACUUAGAGUGGCAUGGCUAUGUGGAGUCUAAAAUCCGAUUGCUAGUUGGGAAUCUGGAGAGAAAUCCAUGUAUCAAACUGGCACAUGUCAACCCCACCCCCUUAGGUCCUCUAAAUGAGAGUGAUGGCAAGCAUUUGUGCCGGUGGUUCAUUGGACUGACAUUUGUUAAAAUAGAAAACCAGAACCAAAAUGUGGACUUGACCUUUGACAUACAGUCCUUUACAAACACAGUUCAUAAACAUGCUUACCAUAUCAACCUUAUGAAGGAUGGAAUGAAAGUUGAAAUCAAACAUGUGAAAAGGAAACAGUUGGAUCUUUAUGUUCCCCAGAAAGUUUUAUUACAGAGUAAAAAAGCUGCUGUAGCACAGGAACAUCGAGCCAGUUUUGGUAGUACCACUAAAACAGAGGCAGUUCAGGGUCUCCAUCACAGCCGAUCAGACACGGAACUGAUCAGGAGUAACUCCAUGUCUUUCGAUCUCUCAGAGGACGUCAGUCAGGAUGCGGAAUCAAGCCGAGACUCAGUGAAGUCGGGCACCUGUCCAACGUCCACUAAUAAAGAAGUCAUUAAUGGGGAUGUUCGCAAGGUUUUAACUGGAUCCCCUGUUCCCUCAGACAGCUCAAUGCAGAGUCCUAAUUCUAAACGGGAAGCUAGUCCUACAGGGAGUGAAAGUCCAGUCAAAAGGUCAAGGUCACAGGAUGAUCAGAACCUCUUGUGUUCAUCAAUGCACAUAGACAGCUCCGCUCUUAGUCCAAGUAAGAAACGGGAAGGGUCACCAAGUGGGCCAAACAGUCUGGUCAAGCGGGCAAAAUCAGAGAAGGAGGCCUCUCAGAGUGCUGUAGAGACACCCAUGAAUGUGGAUGAUAUCACGCCUUUAAAACAGGAAGAAGAUUCUAAGGUGAAAAAUUGUAAAACUGUUUCUAAUCAGCAUGUGAAGAGAUUGCCCAGUGCAGAUGUACCAGAUUUGAUGAGCCCACAAACCAAUCAAAACUUACCUGUACAGGUGAUGCCCAAUAAAAACAUCCGCCUCAAGCUCAAAUGAGGUCGUGACAAGAAAUUUCAAGAAAGGUUCAAGACGGUUAAAGUUUGUUCAGUGAUUUGAAUGAACUGAUAUCAGGAAAAUGUGGUGCAGUGUUUUUAAUCUGGAAGAAAUGUACAGUAGAAAAUACAAGAAAUGUACUGCUUGUGCAAUCUAAGUGCUAUUAAAACACAACUGAGUUGAGAAUGGCAAAACAAGAUUCAUUCUUGUGUGAAAAGAAAGUAUUGUAAGCUUUGUAGUUUCUUCUCAGAUAUAUAAGUAACAAAGAUAUUGCAGGUUUGUGUCCAUCUGAUAUUCUGUAUAGAAGUCUAAAUGAAACAAAUGUGCAGGAAAUGAAUCAAGGAUAUUUAUUUUUACUAUCAUGGUUUUUAAACAAUACUUUGCACUCAAAUGUGGACAUUUCAUAAGAAACAUAACAAAAAUAUUAUGUCUAAAUUAGGAAGUACAGUAGUGUAACCCAAUUUUUAUCCAUUUCAUUGCUUACUCUUCUUUGCUGUAUAGUUCAGGUGUACGUUUAAUCAGAAACAAUGCUAUAAGAAUGUGCUGAACCUGGUGUGGAAGACCCAGAUAUUCUUUAUUUUCAUUUUAUGAGCUGGUUUCUCAGACAUCAUAUGUGUGUGUGAAGCAUCUUCAUCAAAUAUGUGGUAGUUUCAUAGCUGUUACUCCAAAAAAAAUCUGAAGUUUGUCUCUAGAUUUAUUCUUAUAUUGUAGUGUAAUUCACAUUUAUGUUGAGCUUGUAAUAUAUAUUGUCAUGUCCUUUCAGAUUUAUAGUUAAUUUGUCUGUAUUGGUAUUCAUAUUUCUUACGCCCCUGCCAUGAAAUGGCCAGGGCAUACAGUGUUACCCUCUUCCAUCUUUCUGUCAUAAGUUAGUUUCAGUUAAUUAAUGUACAUAUUCAUAUGAAAUUUGGAAUAUAGAUAUAUCCUGAGGAUUUUCAGGUCAUGUUUCUAAUUUAGUUUCUGGUUAAAUAUUUUUUGACAGAGUUGUGCCCCUUUGACUUAGAAAAUUUCAAACAAUUCAUAGCUCAGUCACACACAUUGACAUGUUGAAUUAAAAUUUGGUGUACAGAUACAUCAUGAGAAUGUGCAGGCCUUUUGGUCAGCUAAAUUGGCAAAGUUGUGGCCCUUGAGCGGGAAGCCUUCAUGUUCCUCUGACUAGUUUCAACAUUAACUGUUUAUAAUUCCUUUCCAUUGUACUUGUAUGUAAGUUAGAACUUAGUUUGGGGGUAUCAGAGUGUGCUGAAUUUUCAUGUGUAUAAGUAUAUGAGGGGUUCACUGAGAGUGAUCAUUCUUCUUUUCCUUACUCAAGCAAGUACUUUAGAUUCCUUAUUUUACACAAGGACAUAAUAUCUAGAAAUAACUCGUAGAUGUCAGAUGAUGAAAACAUGAAUCCGCAAGUAAUCUUUUGAUCAAGAGUUUUACAUGUAUUUCGGCAAUGUGAUAAAAACAGGUGGUUUUAUUUCAUGAGUGAUGCUUCUUGCCUAAUUAUACAAUAAUAAACCACUUGCAUAUACAGUGUAUUGAAGAAUAUGCAGUAUUUGUAAAUCUGAUCUUCAUAAAAUACUUAGGGUACCAGUUUACAAUUUAUGAAAAUUAAGUGUCAUUUGAAAAGGACUUCCAUCAUUACCUGCUAAUUAUCUACCAAUUUCAUCAUUACUGCUAAUUAAUUGCUGAGAGUUGAAUUCACUUGUGUUUCUUCAUUGUCAAAAAUAGUCAGUUUUUCAUUUGUCAUAUUUGUAAAUACAUCUACUCAGGUUGACUUUUUAUUUGAUAUUUGAUAAAGAUUACUGUAGACCAGGCAAUUUGCUCAUAUUUCAUAGAUAUUUGAAAAUAACAGAAUCUAAUUCAGUUAUAUGUAACACUGAAUCACAUGGCAUAUAAUCAUAUUUCAGAUUUUUUAAACAAAGUUAUUGCAUACAAAAAACCUUGGGUAUACAUUCAAACAUAUCAUAACAUUUUUGUAGGGAACUAUAGACUGAGAUUUUGUGACUAGGGACAAGACGUUGUGACAUCGCAGACACAUUUCUUACGGAAAUUUCAGUGACAUUAUACUUUCUAAAUGGGGGUUAGACAAUUAUUGCAAUCAUUAUCAGGCCACAGUGCAGAUAAAAUCAGCCCUGGAUCUGUUACCAUCUAGGUGUGGUGUCACCCCUGGCUUUGAAUAAUAACACCUAAGCUUACAGCCACUUGGGGGAGAAAAGGUCUGAAGUCUGGAGUAUAGCCUGCUAAUGGGCAUUAUAUCUGUAUACUGUUGAAGUGAUAGGAUUGCACACAAUUCUUGUCAGAUUUCUAUCUUUUAAUUCAAGAAACAGUCGUAUGGCAUUAAAAAAUCAAAGCAUCUUUUCAUCUAUUUUUAACCCAGGUUUACAUAUUCAUGUUUUACUGUGUAUUUUUCCACAGCAUAUUUCAGCAGUGAUGAGGUUUCCUACAGGAAACACCAUUUAGCACUCAUUGAAGUCACCUCUCAGAGAGUAUCAAAUAAUAAACAUUGAUUUGAUCAAAAGAGUGGCAUUGUAAAUAUCUAUUCAAUGUAUGUUUGCAAGUUCAUCUUUCACUAUGAAACAUUUUAUCUUGUUUAUUUUGGGUCAAAAUUUAAAAUGUACAUACUUUGUAAAUGACAUUAAAAAUAAAUAAAAUCUGUUUUACAAAA